AUGGGAAACACUCGGUUCAUUCUGAUUCCUACCGUGGCGACGCUAUUGCUUAAUCUUGUAAUUUCAUUCUCCAUGAAAACAAAAACUGAUAUCAACACAGAUCAAUCGGCUCUUCUUGAACUGAAAGCCCGUGUCGUUGGUGAUUCUCAAAGGAUCUUGACAGGCAACUGGUCCACCACUAUUCCUGUUUUUAAUUGGAUUGGUGUCACUUGCGGAUCACGACACCGAAGAGUCACAGCUCUCGAUCUUUCCAAAAUGAAUCUCUCUGGCACCCUUCCACCUAACUUGGGAAAUCUAUCUUUCCUUUCUUUGCUCCACAUGAGGAACAACAAUUUCUAUGGCUCAUUACCCAUCGAGUUGACUCAUUUGCAUCGGUUGAAAUUUUUAAGUAUGCCUAUUAACAUGUUUCACGGAGAAAUCUCAUCGUGGUUUGGUUACUUCCCUGAACUUCAAUACUUGUCUUUGAUCUAUAACAAUUUCACUGGUCAUAUCCCAUCGGAUAUAUGUGAUCGUCUACCUUCACUGAAGCAUUUGGAGGGGAUUUUACCGAAAGAAUUAGGGAAUUUGACAAUGCUCGCGACCCUAUAUCUUCACGACAACCUGAUUGAAGGUAUAAUAAUCCCGCUACAAAUUGGAGAUCUUGUCAACUUGGAAGUAUUGAACAUUGGUGGCAAUAUGCUAAAAGGGCAACUUCCACCCAUCGGUAAUCUAACAAGUUUGGUACAUCUCGAUCUAUCGGAUAAUAAUCUAACAGGUGAAAUCCCACGACAAAUUGAAGAUCUUGUCGACAUGGAAAUAUUAAGGUUUCGUAACAAUAUGCUAAAAGGGCAUCUUGCAUCCAUCUGCAAUCUAACACGUUUGUGGGUUCUUGAUUUAUCCAUCACAUAUCAGAUCCCCGCCACAAUUGCAAGUUUAAGAAACUUGCAAGUUCUCGUUGUUUCGGACAAUGUGCUGGUAAAUGAUAUCCCAUCCGAGUUGUGCCGAUUGGGGAGUUUGCUCAUCUUGGAUCUCAAACGUAACAAGUUGUCCGGACGAAUACCAGCAUGCAUAGAUUUGUCGGUCAACGGAUUCUAUGGAGAAAUUCCUGAGGCCUUUGGAGAGCUUCGCAUACUUCUAGCACUCAAUCUCUCUCAUAAUAGCCUAACCGGUCCUAUCCCUCCGUCAUUCGGGAAUUUGGCAGAACUUGAAUCUUUGGAUCUCUCGCUUAACAAGCUGAGUGGCAGAAUCCCUUCCGAAUUGACGAAUAUGACAUUUCUUGGAGUGCUUAAGCUCCAGUACAACAAUCUUGUGGGAGCCAUUCCCUGUGGCAAGCAAUUUGAAACGUUUGAUAAUGAUUCUUAUAGAGAGAACUUGGGUUUGUGUGCAUUCCCAUUGUCAAAGGAAUGUGACUAUGAUGAGAGACCAGUGCCAAUGCAAGAUGAAGAAGGUAAUGGGAAUGGAAUAGCCUUUGUCUGGAAAGGUGCAAUGAUGGGGUACGUAUGUGGUGUGGUAUUGGGAAUAAGCAUGGCAUACAUUGUGUUCACAACAGGAAGACCAUGA